ACAUUGGAGUCGUCAGCCAGUAUCAUCUUCCUCUUACCUCUAUCCUUUUGCCUCGCCCUACUGCCCUCUUUUAAUCAUUGCUCUUGAAACCAAUAAGAACAACCCACAUGGUAGGCGAAAACGUGGUUUACUAGAUAAAGUUUGCAAUCAAUCCAUGGACAAAGGAACUCUGUUUCUCGAGCCUUAAGACGAGCCCUGAAAGCAUUAAAACUUAUGACCCUGACGAGCUUGGAAUGAUCGAGCUAGAAAUCACAUCGUCCAAUGCCUCCAAUACUUAGGAGUUCCUAGGGUUGGAUUCGAGUCGAGCUGGCUCGAGCUCGAAAUCGAGCUCGGCUCGAUCGAGCUCGAAACGAACUAGGUUUCAACGAGCCCGAGCCCGAGCUCGAGCUCCAAGUUUCAGAGAAAUCGAGCUCAAGCCCGAACACGAACUAUAGGGCGAGCAGCUCACUUUGGCUCGCGAGCCAGUGCUCAUCAAGACUCACGAGCCGGUCAGCUCGCCUUGACUCGCGAGCCAGUGCGCAAGCCAAUUAGUUCGUCAAGGCUCACGAGCCGAGCAGCUCGUCUCGGCUCGCGAGCCGAUUCUUAUUUAACCAAAAACGGUCGUUUUUGGUUAAAUAUGAAGCUUCUUUCGUUAUUUCAUUCGCUUGUGAUUUGUUUAUGUUUUCCACUGCGUGUGCGUGCAGCUGCUCUCCAGUUCCAGUUCCAGAGUACAGCCCUCCGCAAUCUGAAGUUCCAGCCUAUUUUCUCCGUCGACAUGGGUUUCUUAGGCGUUUCAGUUCAAGUCUUCUGACGUGCCAACAGAAGAUUCCAGCGAUCGGGGUUCUACGGCAAGAAGUUUCACGACGACGGCAAUGUGGAUGACAGAAAUAUAUUUCAAGUGUUUCAAAUUGUUAUGUAUUCAAGAGUCGAUUACAGGAAUACGCUAAGAAAAUGGGACUUCAAAUGCCUGUUUAUGAGACUACUAAGGAAGGCCCAUCUCAUGAGCCUUCAUUCAGAUCUGCUGUGGUAGUGAAUGAUGUCAGAUAUGAAUCUUUGCCUGGUUUGUUUAAUCGUAAGGCAGUGGAGCAGUUAGCUGCUGAAGUUGCACUUAUAGAAUUAGCAAAACUUGGUCAAGUGAAUCCUUCCAUCUCCCAGCCUGUUGUUCCUGAGUUUCCAUCCAAGCUGUUCUUCUUCUGUGAAGUGGAGGUGAAACUCCGAUAGUCCUGAGCCACAUUGUCUAUGAAAGGAUGAAACACAGGCACCCUGAAUUUGUCGAAAAAUUAGAGCAACAUGGAUUGAUUUAUACAAGGGUGCUAGGGGAGGAGGAUGAUCCUUCAUCACCUAUCGGCCGUGGUUGGAAAUCCACGUUCUUGACUGAUGACAAGAACCUGGCUG